AUGGAUGUGAGUGAGGUCAGUACUCGCAGCGUGGAGGAUUUGGCGGAGUGCGCUCUUUCGGCUGCCGAGGAGGAGGCCUCUUUCGAGCCGGAAAAGUUCAGGACCUGGCCAUUGAAGUCGCCCGCCCGAGAUUGUCUCCUGGCUCUCGAAGAGGCCGAGGUCAAGGAGGUGGUCGUCAAGGCCUCGGAGGAAGCUGCGGCACCUAGUGAGGAAGCAGCAGAGGAGAGCGAUUUGGACGACGGCGCUGCGAGCCUUCCGGACGAUGAGCAAGGCGGCGAUGAAGAGCCAGAGGAGGAAGAAGGUGGCGACGAGGGCAUGGAAGAUGUGUUGGACGAGGAGGAGCCUCAACCGCAGGGCGAAGCUGCGACGUCCCCCAGCAAGGGAGGCGUGAAACGAGCCACCACGCGGAAGUUUCGCAUCCUCUCGGGGAGAUGUUCGAUCCUCUCCAAGCCAGGUGCGGCGCAGCUCCGCAUCCCAGGGCAGCGUUCACUUCAGAAGGGCGAGACCUUCUUGGCGGACGGCGUCUUCUGGGUGCCGGCCGAACAGCGAGCCUACCUGCGGAUGACCCGUGGCCUGGGCUGGAUCUGCGAGAGGUCCAAGACGGACCUUUGGAGACUCGCAGUGGCCCGGCUCACGAAACGCAAGGCCCCGGUGAGUAAGAAGAUGGCGAAGGCCGUUGCCUUCCGAGGAGGUGACACUGGUGGCGUGAUUCGACUCAAGAGGGAGGAUCUUGUCAAAAACAGUCGUGGCAAAAUCGUCAGCCGACGUGCCUCAGAAGCGUCGAAGAAAAAAUCAAACGAAGGCUUUCGCGCGUGGACGGCUGCCGUGAAAAGGGCUCGGGAGGAGCUUGGGGUGUCAGGCUUCGCCGUUGUGAAGAAGGGAACGCCUCUCUACGACAAAGCGCAGGAAAUCUACAAAACUUCGAACGAACCAAAGCAGUGA